AUGGAGGGAAUGAAAAAUAGUAGUAGUGCUGAAGAAAGGUUUGAUAGUGAACUGAUGCAACAUUUUAGAGGAAGGGAUGGUGAAUGCCAGUCCUGGGCAGAGAGACACAUGUCUGCAGAAGGCAAUCAGUACACUGUUGCUGAUGAGAGCGUCUUGAACAUGGCUCAAGAACAGACCUUCAGGAGAGGUUUUUGCUCAGUCCGAUAUGGGCUGGCCUUCAUCUUGCUUCUCUGUAACAUUUUUCUUGUCACCCAACAACUGAACUUGAGCAUCACCAUGCCAGCGAUGGUGAACCACACAGCACUCAAUGCCUCCACAGAAGGCCCCCCUACUGACACGCGGGACAACUGGAAUGAAACUCUAAAGGAACCUAAGCCAGCCCCAUUGUAUGACUGGAACCCUAAAACACAAGGAUUGAUCCUCAGUGCCCUCAACUAUGGCUCUCUCUUGGCUCCAAUCCCCACUGGCUAUGUGGCCGGGGUCUUUGGGGCCAAGUACGUGGUUGGUGCUGGCCUGUUCAUUUCCUCAGUCCUGACCCUCUUCACUCCGUUGGCAGCUGAUGCUGGGGCGAUCUUGCUUCUUGUCCUCCGGAUCUUCCAAGGCAUAGCUCAGGUUAUGGUGUCCACAGGACAGUAUUCAAUUUGGGUCAAGUGGGCACCCCCAAUGGAACGGAGUCAGUUGGUCACCAUUGCUCUAUCAGGGAUACCAAUGGGGGCCUUCACCAUCUUCGCUGUUGGAGGUGUCCUCUGCCAGACCCUAGGGUGGCCUUAUGUCUUCUAUAUCUUUGGUGGAAUAGGCUGUGCCUGUUCUUUUCUCUGGCUGCUUCUUGUCUACGAGGACCCUGUGAAUCAUCCAUUUAUCAGCCCUACUGAGAAGGAAUACAUCGUGGCUUCACUGGUUGAACAGGGUGGUUCUCCUGGCUGGUCUGUUCCCCUGAAGGCCAUGGUCAAAUCCCUGCCACUUUGGGCCAUAUUAGUUUCUUCUUUCACUAUAUAUUGGCGUAAUUAUAUGUCAUUGACAUAUACACCAACAUUCAUGAACUCUGAACUUCAACUUAACAUCAGAGAUAGUGGGAUCAUGACAGCUCUGCCAUUUUUGAUUGGUUUUCCCUGUCUUAUCCUUGGAGGUCAACUAGUUGGUUUUCUGCUCUCCAGAAAAAUCCUUAGGCUCAACACUAUCAGGAAACUCUUCACUGCCAUAGCGGUCCUCAUCCCUACUGGACUCUACGUGUCCCUGGAAUGGGUGAGAUCCAGCCACAGCAUCACUCUGGCCUUCUUGUUACUGGCUCCCAUCUUCCGCGUCCUGUCUGAAGUAGGAGUUCUUCUCAACAUGGUGGAUAUUGCUCCUCGGUACAGUGCCUUUCUCAAGGGACUGUCACAAGUGUUUUCUUUCCUUGCCGGAGCCAUCUCUCCCACUGUUAGUGGAUAUUUCAUCAAUCAGGACCCAGAGUUUGGUUGGAGAAAUGUCUUCUUCAUUGCAGCUGCUGUUGACAUAGCAGGCCUGGUCAUCUACCUCAUCCUGGGAAGAGCCGAAGUCCAAGACUGGGCAUCUGGUCAACAUUCCCCCACAUCUCAGCAAGCCUAG